GAAGCAACGGAAGCUUUUCUUAUACAGGAGUUCGAAGUCUCUAAUAUGCUAGCGAUUCACGCAAAACGGGUAACCUUACAACAGAAGGACAUAAAACUUUGUCGCUGGAUUCGGAAGCGCUUCGUAGGAGAAGCGAAUUCAAGUGCCGAGCUUUGA